GAAGUGAUAAUUAGGUUGGGUUACCGAAAAGGGGUGUUGUGUCUGUAUAUGAAUAUAUGUGGGACAUUCUUAGCUAAAGAUACUCUGAAUAAAAGUCAAGAGAGAAAUUGUCAUUUUUUAAUAGGAUUAAUUUUAAUAUAAUAGUAUCUUAAGCUAACCUUGUAACAGGUCAUGUUAAUGCCACAAUAUUCCUAACUUUGACAACAGAUUUAUUCUUUAUUUACAGAUAUGGAAAAUUGUCUAAAAUGUCCCAUCUAUGAAUGGCCAAAUAAUGAGAAAACCAUGUGUAUUGAGAAGCAAACUGAGUUCCUCUCAUAUGAAGCUGAUUCCCUAACUCUGGUCUUUAUUGUCCUCUCUGUGGUGUCUCUUUUAUUAGUGACAACUAUAAUAGGAAUUUUUAUUUCAUUCCGAGACACUCCAUUAGUGAAGGCCAACAAUCGCAAUCUGAGCUUUAUUCUCCUUUUCUCCAUCAAGCUGAGCUUCCUCUCUGUGUUUUUGUUCCUUGGUCGCCCAUCUGAUAUAACCUGCAUCCUCCGACAAACCUCUUUUGGGAUCAGUUUCUCCAUAGCUAUGUCUUCUGUCCUGGCAAAAACAAUUAUGGUUUGUAUUGCUUUCAAAGCCUCCAAGCCUGACAGUCCCUGGAAAAAAUGGUUGGGAGUCAAAAUCACAUAUUUUAUAGUUAUUAUUUGUUCAUUCAUUCAGUUUCUAAUUAGUGCUAUCUGGCUGAUCAUUUCUCCUCCAUUCAUGGAGCUCAACAUUCUGUCUGAACCUGGAAAAAUCAUCAUUCAGUGCAAUGAGGGCUCUGUCAUUGCCUUCUAUAUUGUUCUCUCCUACAUGGGAUUGUUGGCAUCCGUGAGUUUCAUUGUAGCUUUCUUGGCUCGGACAUUACCGGACAGUUUUAAUGAGGCCAAGUACAUCACUUUCAGCAUGUUGCUCUUCUGCAGUGUUUGGAUCACAAUGAUCCCGGCCUAUCUGAGCACCAAAGGCAAAUACAUGGUGGCAGUGGAAAUAUUUGCCAUUAUCUCUUCAAGCUGUGGCCUUCUCUUCUGUAUAUUUCUACCCAAAUGUUACAUUAUUUUAUUUAAGCCAAAUAGGAAUACAAAGCAAUAUUUACUGGGGAAUAAUAAAUAGAGGAAUGUAUCAGCAAAUAUGACUUAUUUGAUGCCAUUUUAUAUGUAAUAAUCUAUAAUCUUUAGGCUCUCCAUUUGCUGAUCUAUUUCAAUGCAA